AUGUCCGUGUUGACCACCACCGCCGCCGUCACCACCACUACCACCACCACCACAGGUCCAUCGACCAGGACGAAGCAGACGUUUGCCUGCGAGCCGUGUCGCAAGCGCAAGGCAAAAUGCAGUGGCACCGCGCCCUGCUUCAUGUGCCAGAGGAAUGGUCAGGCCUGCGAAUUCAGCUAUACGCGACAGCGUCGCGGGCGCAAACAGGCGAGGUCCCUCGACAACGACAGCAGUAUUGCGCCCCAGCGCGAACCUGGGCAACCCCCUUCUUCCGUAUCUCCACCUCUGGCUUCCAACCCACCAUUGUCUCCCGUCACGCCCUCGUGGCCCCCGCACCUGCAAGAUCUCCUUCACAGUGACCUGGCCUCCCAAGCCACUGUGCACCACCAUGACCAUGACGCGGCAGCCCUCGCAGCCCUCAUACCGCCUCUCCUCGACAUCUUCUUCUCCGCCGUCGCUCCACAGCACCCGCUCUUUAUACGAGCGAGCGACUUCCGCAUCCUAGUCGUCGAGCACAGGUGCCCCGCCUACCUAUGCUAUGCCCUUGCCACGGCUGCGAUUCCGUGGUCCAGCCACCGAUAUCUUCAGGACCACCAGGUGCGCGAGCGAACCGAGGGCCUGUUUGUCACCCUGGUGCGCGCAGCACUCGACUCUGCUGCCAGCUUAGACGCCAUUUUGUCUGUCCUCCAAUCCUACUGUGCAAUCAUUAUACAUACCACGAGCCAUGGAAGCGCCGUUCAAGCUUGGUCAGACCUAGGGGCAGCUGCAAGUCUGGUGCGCCUACUGGUCUUACAACAACAGUUACCACAACAACGACAGGAGGAGGUUCGACGAUUACACUCAUCCACCCGGCUUGUGUCUGACUUUCUCUCCAUUUGCGAGGUGUCGUUGGCCUUGGGCCACCCCGGGUUAAGCAUCUCGCGUCAUCCUAGCCACUACCACGAAAGCCCUGAGACCAUGUUGAGCCUUCGUCACAUGUGCUCUUUGCUGGCUCAAGUGCAGUCUGAAGCAAGGCUAGGCUUUUCAGAUCAUCCCCUCCUGCCAUGGCUGUCCAAGUCUCCAUUCAUGGCACUGCAUCAGUCUCUAGAUCGAGUGCGGCUUGCUUGGCCUGAGACCCUCUCUUUCGAGCUGGAAGAGAGCAGCGCUACUCAAGACUGGCUUGCCAUUGUUCUCUGGCAUGCUUCCAUCAUUCUGUUAAACAAUGUCUUUCUCCCGGUCCCUACUGCCCGCCCUGUCAUCGACACCUCCAUGGACGGAGCUUCACAUCACAGUUGUAAUUUACUUAGCUACCCACACGCACCCGCCCAAUUCCUUGAGGAACGAAGAACAGCGUGCGAAGUCAGUGCCGCCCAGAUUGCAAGCAUCUGCAUGCACAUCAUGUCACGUGGAGUGACUCUGCUGGCUCCGAUGCUAGGCUAUAGCUGUUAUCAGGCCGCCUUUGUUUUCUUGAAUCAGCUACACAGAUCUCGUCCUUCUGUGUCGCCCCAAGUUGCCCGGCACCUGAAAGCAGUCUUGACUAUGCUUGGUGCAAUGCGCCAUUUCUUCCAUCCCGCCCAGGCCUGGAUCAAAGCGAUCAAAACAGUACACACGUUUCCCCCUCUGCCUACAAACCAAUCACAAGAUUAUGCAGAGAUAUUCAUAGGCUUUUCGGCGAGAUUUCCUGGAUUUGAAAUGCCACCAUUCAUCUCCUUUACAGACACGGAUGCCUGUGACUCGGAGCAAAGAGAGAGGAACGAGAGAGAGUUGGACCAGAUACCUAGGCAAACUGGUCACACGGCCGAAGAAACUUCUGAGCCUGAGUGGCUUGCCAAGUACGCAAAUCAGCUCAACAACGACCUAACACUGGACCAUUUGGCCGAUCGAGUAGAGCCCAUUGAGGACCCUGCUGCCAGCUAUGAAACAAUGAUUGCAGCAUGGUCUCAACCCUUGCAAGAGGAUGAGCAUGUAAUUGCUGAUUCAGAUAUGCCCUUCGCCGAUGAUGAAGUACUACAGGCCCUUUUAGGUAAUUUCAGCACCGACACCCAGCUAUCUGAAGCAUUUCGUGGGAACAGACUCAAUAGUUCACCAAGUGUACAUACGUAGAUACAUAGUUUAUAAAAAAGCGAUACCUGCA